AUGAAGAAACCUCAGCAAACUGUCAGUUCAUCCUGCCUGUUAAUCCUGCUCACAUCUUUUUCACAUAUUAGAUGUGAGAAACCAGUAAACUGCAUCUGGGGUGCUUAUGGAGAUUGGUCAGAGUGUGAUGGCUGCACAAAAACACAGGUUAGAACUCGCACGAUACAAGUUUUCCCUCAAUUUGGCGGAAGCAUUUGCACAGGAGAGGCUGUUCAAAGACAAGCAUGCGUGCCUACUAAAAGCUGUCCCCUGGAAGCAGGAUGUGGAGAUCGGUUCCGCUGCACUUCUGGUCAGUGUAUCAGCUCCACUCUGGUGUGUAAUGGUGAUCAUGAUUGCCAGGAGGAUGGUUUAGAUGAGCAGCGUUGUGCACAGUCCAGCACUAUUGUGUGUAACUUACAUAAGACUCCACCUAAUUCUGAUCUCACAGGAAAAGGGUUUGAUGUGUUGACGGGCAAGCUGAAGGCUGGUGUUAUUAACACACUUAGCUUUGGUGGCCAGUGCAGGAAAGUAUUUAGUGGGGACAACAGAGAAUUUUAUAGACUCCCACAGAGUAUCCUCAGAUACAGCUUUCAGGUGGCUGUUGACAAUGACUUUAGUGAUGAGUUCUACAACAGCUCCUGGUCCUACAUAGACCAUGUAGAGCAGCGAGAUAAAAUCAAAGGAGGCCAUGAUUACAAAACUUUCCACAAUGAACUGAAGAAGGACAAGGCCUACCAGCUCUUGAUUAUUAAGAAUGAGGUGGAAGUAGCUCAGUUCCAGAACAACAUCCCGGAGUACCUCCCACUUUCUGAGGAGUUUUGGAGAGCUCUAUCUGUUCUGCCCAGCACAUACGAUCCAGCAGCUUACCGCUCGCUCCUGCAACUCUACGGCACACACUACAUGGCUGAGGGCUCUUUAGGUGGAGAGUACCAGGUCCUGCUGGAGUUUGACUCCCAGUUUAUGAGUGAAAUGAGUCAAACAGAUACUGAUUUUCACAAGUGUGUCACACGUGUCAAGAGACGUCUGUUCCGAAAGAAGAGAACGACCAAAUGUGAGAAACUGGUCCAGUCAAUUAGGAGUUACAAAGAGCAAAGCAGCCAGACGUUGCCAGUGAAGACCAACAUAAUUGGAGGGCAUGGUGCUUACGUGACUGGUUUAGGCCAACUGGACCUGGAGAACCCUGAGCAAAACCAUGCCAUGUACGCUAAAUGGGCUGGCUCAGUCAAGGACUUCCCUCAGGUGAUCAAACAGAAGUUGAGGCCAAUCUAUGAGUUGGUCAAGGAGGUACCAUGUGCACAGCUGAAGAAGCUACACCUGAAGAGGGCGCUGGAAGCCUACCUUGAGGAACAGAGCCCAUGCCACUGUAAGCCAUGCCACAACAAUGGAAGGCCUGUGCUGAGUGAUGGAGUGUGUACCUGUGUGUGCAAACCUGACACCAGUGGCAUAUCCUGCCAGAAUGGUCACAUCCUUGGAGAACAGCCAGGAGUUGUUCAUGGCAGUUGGAAUUGCUGGUCAGCCUGGUGGACUUGUUCUCAAGGUCAGAAAUCAAGGACUCGCACAUGUAAUAAUCCUGUACCAAGAAAUGGAGGCAAGAAUUGUGUAGGCCCUUCCAUUGAGCACAAAGCCUGUGAGGACCCAAAUCUUGAACACUUAAGAUUUAUGGAGCCACAUUGUUUUGAUCCAUCCCUGACCCCAGUGAAGUCUUGCAAGGUUCCACCUCCUCUUCGAAAUGGAUUUGUUUUGAACCCUAAAGAUGCUUAUGCAGUUGGCAGUAAGAUUGAAUACACCUGCAUUGAAGGAUAUUACCAUGUCGGGGAUACUGUUGCUGAAUGUACAGAGGGCCUGAACUGGAGAAGAGGGCAAACGGAGUGCAAGAGAACUUCAUGUGAUGCUCCACAACUCUCUAAUCGUGUCAUCGCCUCACCCUUGAAACAGACCUAUUUGAUAGGACAGACUCUGUCCUUGUCGUGUCCCAGUGGAAUGCAGCUCGAGGGACAGCAGGAGAUAACCUGUCGUGCCAGUCUCAGCUGGUUUCCAAUACCCAACAAGUUUAAAUGCAACCCAGUGGUCCAGCUAGAGUCAACCCUGAGCUGCAAGCCAUGGGAGAAACCUGGUCAGAGCCAGUGUGUGUGCAAAAUGCCAUAUGAAUGCAGAUCUUCUUUGCAAGUGUGUGCCAGUGUGCGUCCCGACCUUGUGAACCGACUGGGUGUUUGCCAGCUUGGUGCCCUGCAGUGUCUAGGCCGGACAUUCUCUCUGCUUCAGGACACUUUGUGUGAUUGGCCAGAGACCAAAUUCACAUCCUGUCAAGACUGCAAGCCAUGGGAGGAGUGCACUGGUGUGGAGUGUAAUUGUAAAGACCCAGAGGAUUGCCCAGAAGAACCUGCCCACCUUUGUGUGUCUGUACAGAAUGGCACCCAUGAGUCUACGACAGAGUGUGAGGCUGGGGCUUGGAGGUGCUCUGGGAAAGACGUCAGAAUUGUCAACAUUGGAAAAUGUCCAAAUUGAACUAAUUCAAUAUAAGCUUCAUAUAAACCUUUCUACUUUAU